AUGCUCGUCGACCUCCCCAUCCCCCCCUGCCCGCGCUGCAACUCGCACGCCUGGUCCACCCAGUCCGACGGCAUCCACUGCGACAAUGGCCACCCCCUCCGUCCCUCUCUUCUCAUGUCGCGCGAGGCACCCAAGGCCGCCGACUUCACGUGGGAUGGCGUAAAGGGCUACGCGCAUGUCCUGCACGAGCCCUCCCUCCUCACUCUGCGCCAGCACGUUAAUGCCGUCAUGGUCCACCUGGCCCUCGAGCAUUCCUCUCUCAUCAGUAUGGAAGAAAAGCACGCCGUUCUCGAGGACAAGCAUGUCGAGCUGGCCACCCGCCACGAGGGACUUAUUGCGCUUUAUACCGAUCUUAGCGCUAAGCACCAGGCGCUGGCUGGUAAGGUUGGCGAGAUGGAGGGUAGGGUCGGGAUGCUGGAGGCUGUACAGGGCGGGCUGUUUGAUGUGUCGGUUAAUGUUACGCCCAAGCCGAAGUGA